AUGAAUGACCGAUUAUCGCCUCAGAUAAGUGCGAGCGAAGGACCGUCUCCAAAAUGCCGUCGGCAGUCUUCAACACAAGGAUCAGCUGCUGCAGACGGUCCACGAGAGGUGGGACAGAUGCGCCCUCACCGAGACAUGGGCUCCGGUCCAGCAGACUUCGUGGGUAGUGGAAGUGGCAUUCAUUUUGUAUGGACCAUUAGACACGCCUUGCCAGCAACAGCAAUGGUUCGAGACAUGUCGCAUUCGAGAGAGCAAGAGCUGCAGACGACGAGCUCGUCCCUGGUGAGGACGAUCGGCUGGAUGUUCUUUCCCAGGCAUGCUGUGGCGCGCAGAUGAACUUUCUUUCUCCAAUUACGAGAACAGCCCCGACUCUCAAUACACUUUUGAGGAUUUGGU